AUGCUUUUAAGCAGCCUAUACGUUUUCUUGGUUCUCUUUUUAAUUGGGGAGAUUCUUGUUUUUGCCACUCAGGGUCCAGUGAAUUUUGUAUGUCUCCAUAGUGUUAAACCAAGUUUACGACCAUUGUCAAUGGCAAUUUCUACUGUGUCAAUUCACAUCUUUGGUGACGUGCCCUCCUCGCCACUUGUCGGAAUCCUACAGGACAAACUUAAUAACUGGAGGACAUCUGCUUUGAUCUUAACUUCAGUAUUCUUUUUGGCAGCUGGAAUAUGGUUUAUAGGUAUCUUUCUUCCUAGUGUGGAUAGAUAUGAAGAAGAUAGUGAGCAUUUGGGGACACGUGUUGAGCAGCCAGAUGUGACACCUUUGCUUGAGUCUAAGGUGGCUAAUGGAGAUUCUACUUCUGCUUCACUAUAAAAAGGGUAAAGAAAAAGAUUGAAGGACUUGACACGUGGAAAGUGUACAGUUUUGGGAAGUUAUAAAACUUUUCCUUUUUAGGGGGUGUAACUGUAACAUUACUCAAACUGUGAUAUAGUACUCUCGUCUAUUGUAAAAUAUUGUGUGGGUUAAUAUUAUGUAAAAU